GACAGCUGUGUUCAAUCAGAAACCACUUACAACUCCGGGCUGAAGAGAAGGGGGAAAGUUUAGCGUGUAGUGGGGCAGAAAGGUCUGUGUCUUUCUCGAGCGUUCUCUUGUUCCAAGGGGCCCCAUCCUGUGGAUUCUUUGGAAGCGCCCUGAAUCGUUUCUCCGGAGCUGGUCUCUUCAGGUAGGUGCCUUCCAACAAAGCUGAGGAGAAAGGUAGCUCAGAACAUCGGAGGCAUUGCUGGGGUUAAUAUUUCACAUGGACUUUUGGCAGUUUGGAAAUGCAAAGUGAUUGCUACCUUCUAUCUGCAGUCGGGGCAAUUGAGUGCUCUGCAACGUUAGCGAAUCUUUUAAAGCAAUGAAAACCAACCUGGCUAUUUUCGGAGUAUUUGCAUCAUGAUUUUGGGUUUACAAAUUCCUGAAUAAAAAUGGCUGUCUACAGCAAAAUAUGCAAAAAGGAAAAAGCGAGGAAAGGGAGUGAAAGUUAAGUCUUAAACACAACUUCCGUGUAUUAAAACCUGGCGGAAUAAUCUAGCCUGAAAAGUACAGUCAUGAAUUCUGGAGUUGUCUUGAAAUAUGGAAAUGACUCCUCUGCGGAGCUGACUGAGCUCCAUUUAGCAGCCCUGGCAUCUCUGAAAGGAGACAUAGUGGAACUUAAUAAUCGUCUACAGCAAACAGAAAAGGAAAGAGACCUCUUGGAAAAGAAAUUGGCAAAGGCACAGAGAGAACAAUCCCAUCUCAUGAAAGAACAUGAAGAUGUUCAGGAACAAAUGACAAUGCGCUAUGAGGAAAGAAUCACAGAACUCCACAGUAUCAUUGCUGAGCUAAAUAAGAAGAUUGACCACCUACAAGGAACAGCAAUCAGGGAAGAAGAUGAGUACUCAGAGUUACCAUCAGAGCUCAGUCAAAGUCAACAAGAAAAUGAGGAUUCUCAAAGCUUGGAUCAAGACCAAACAUCUGUCUCCAUUCCUGAGAAUCAAUCUACCAUGGUUACUGCUGACAUGGAUAAUUGCAGUGAUCUCAACUCAGAACUGCAAAGAGUACUGACUGGGCUGGAGAAUGUCGUCUGUGGGAGAAAGAAGAGUAGCUGUGGUCUCUCUGUGGCUGAAGUGGACAGACAUAUUGAGCAGCUCACCACUGCAAGUGAACACUGUGAUUUGGCUAUUAAGACAGUUGAAGAGAUUGAGGGAGUAUUAGGUCGGAAUCUCUAUCCCAAUUUGGCUGAGGAGAGAUCUAGAUGUGAAAAAGAGCUUGCUGGUCUAAGAGAAGAGAAUGAAAGCCUGACUGCCAUGCUGUGUGGCAAAGAGGAAGAACUCAACAGGACCAAAGCCACCAUGAAUGCUAUCCGGGAAGAGAGAGACAGACUACGAAGAAGGGUUCGAGAACUACAAACACGCUUACAAAGUGUCCAGGCAUCAGGGCCCUCCAGUCCAAAUCGUCUUACCUCUGCUAACCGACCAAUUAAUCCCAGCACUGGAGAGCUGAGCACCAGCAGUAGCAGCAAUGACAUCCCCAUUGCCAAGAUUGCUGAGAGAGUGAAGCUGUCAAAAACAAGGUCAGAGUCUUCCUCAUCUGAUCGGCCUGUCCUAGGAUCAGAAAUCAGCAGUAUAGGGGUAUCUGGCAGUGUGGCAGAGCACCUGGCCCACUCUCUGCAGGACUGUUCCAAUAUCCAGGAGAUUUUCCAGACCCUCUAUUCACAUGGAUCUGCCAUCUCAGAAAGUAAAAUUCGAGAAUUUGAAGUAGAGACAGAGAGAUUGAACAGUCGAAUAGAACACCUGAAGUCCCAGAAUGAUCUGCUGACCAUAACACUGGAAGAGUGCAAAAGCAAUGCUGAGAGGAUGAGCAUGCUCGUGGGGAAAUAUGAGUCCAAUGCCACAGCUUUGAGACUUGCAUUGCAAUAUAGUGAGCAAUGCAUAGAAGCCUAUGAACUCCUGUUGGCACUAGCAGAAAGUGAGCAGUCUCUUAUCCUUGGACAGUUCCGAGCAGCAGGUGUGGGAUCUGUUGGGGACCAAACAAGAGAUGAAAAUGUUACCCAGAUGCUUAAGCAUGCUCAUGAUUGCCGGAAGACAGCUGAGAAUGCCGCCAAAGCCCUGCUCAUGAAGCUGGAUGGAAGCUGUGGGGGAGCAUUUGCUGUCCCUGGUUGCAGUGUGCAGCCUUGGGAAAGCCUGUCUUCCAAUAGCCAUACCAGCACAACCAGCUCCACCGCUAGUAGCUGUGAUACGGAGUUCACCAAGGAAGACGAGCAGAGGCUAAAGGAUUAUAUUCAACAGCUCAAGAAUGACAGGGCAGCUGUCAAGCUGACCAUGUUAGAGUUGGAAAGCAUCCAUAUUGAUCCUCUUAGUUACGAUGUCAAGCCUCGAGGAGAUAGUCAAAGACUAGAUCUAGAAAAUGCUGUGCUGAUGCAGGAGCUGAUGGCAAUGAAGGAGGAGAUGGCUGAGCUGAAGGCCCAAUUAUACCUACUGGAGAAAGAGAAGAAAGCUCUUGAACUGAAGCUAAGUACUCGAGAAGCCCAGGAACAAGCAUAUUUGGUGCAUAUUGAACAUCUCAAGUCUGAGAUGGAGGAACAGAAGGAGCAAAAAAUGAGGUCACUCAGUUCUACCAGCAGUGGAAGCAAAGAAAAAUCUGGCAAGGAGUGUAUGGAUGGAGCCUCUUCUGUACUAUCACUAGCUGAGCUAAGGACAACAUUCAGCGAGAAUGAUUUGGCAGCAGAAGUUACCAAUGCACUGCGACGGGAGAAGAAACUCAAGACCAGAGUACAGGAGCUGGUAAGUGCCUUGGAAAGACUGACAAAGAGCAGUGAAAUCCGACACCAGCAGUCAGCUGAGUUUGUUAAUGAUCUGAAAAGAGCUAACAGUAACCUGGUGGCUGCAUAUGAGAAAGCAAAGAAGAAGCACCAAAAUAAACUGAAAAAGCUAGAAUCUCAAAUGAUGGCCAUGGUGGAGAGACAUGAAACCCAAGUGAGGAUGCUCAAGCAAAGAAUAGCUCUGCUGGAGGAGGAAAACUCAAGGCCCCACACCAAUGAGACCUCACUUUAAAAGGCACCAAAAUUUUGCCCACAGAAGCUAAACUGGAGAAGACCAGUACCUGCCAGGAUCUACCAAAGGAAGACUGGCAGGUAGGGCCAGUAUCUGUCAAGUUGACCUUCACUCAUGGGCAUGGCCUUGUCAGGUCCUCUUUGAGAGCUUCCCGAGAGACAGUGGUGGUUGGCCAUAUAUGUACUGUGCUUAAAAGGAAUGUAGCUUACACCAAGGUCCAAAGCAGAAACUAUCAACGAUAAAUAACGUUCCUUAUGUUCAGGGUGGUUUGGCCUACCAUACCAUUUGUUAUGGUCAUUGACACCAAGAAAUUUGUUUUCAGCUCUUCCCCCCCAAAAAAAAAACCCCCACCUUUUGUAGUCUUGGAGAUAUUAUAUAAACUGAGUUAUUUGGUUUACAAUAAUUUCAAUGUCUUCCCUUUUUUGCCCAGACAGAGGGCCCAUUUUUUUUUCUUCCUGGCAACCCCAGUUCCCUUUGAAGUCCAGGUGUAUGUUAUGGUCUCUAGUGCCCAAGAGGUGCCUAUUGACAUGAAGGCUGCAAUUCUCUGGCAGUCCUUCACACCUGUAGUUUCUUUCACAAUUCCAGAGAGUUCUCAUUUAGGUGAGAACCUAUGUAGCCUUUCAUGUCUCUGAAAGCAGGGUUGUUAGCAUACCUCAUGUCAUUCACUUUGUGUGUUCUUUACAAGCCUAUGUCCUUUAGUGGAACAAUAUAAUAUGGAAACAACAGGAACUUGACAUAUGUCCUGCUAGCUCCUGGGGUUGAGAAAGGAAGGCUGUGUGAAACAUAGCCUUGUGAAUUGGAAUUUUAGCUCCUGCCUCACCUCUCUUCUCCACCAAACAAACAACCAAAAAAAAAUGUAAUGAGUAGCAUCCUCUUGGAACUUUGAUUGUACUAAUGCAAGCAAAAUGUAUUUUGUACAUUCCUCAAAAAAAGCAUCUCUGCACUUUUCCUGUGGAAAAAACAUACACUGGGUUGGACUAAAUACAUUUUGGCAAAAUUGUGCUAAAGGAGGCCCAUUCUUGUUAUAGCAUGUGGAAUUUGAGAGAAAAUGGAUUGUGGCCUCUUGACUCAGGGAAAGUGGAGAUUAUAUAAAAACAGGUAGGUGAGGCUAAGAGUUUCUACUCACAUCUCACACACAGUAGAUGCUUAAUAAAGGUUUUGAAUUCUUA